AUGGGACAAGGAUCCUCGACCCCCCAGAUAAACAAGACCGACCAGGCAGUUUUCAAGAUCAAAUUGCAAAGAGAUAGCCUCCUCAAGUACAACAAAAACCUCAAUAUCCUUAUCAAUAAUGACCUAAAUCAGGCCAAACUCAGUCUAUCAAAAAAUGACCGUCAAAGAGCCUUGUUAUACCUCAAACGCCAAAAGAGUCACCAGAAACUUCUAAGCAAAACCCUACAACAAAUAGACUCGUUGGAAGAACUCAUAUCUACAAUUCAAUUCAAGUUGAUCGAAAAGGAUUUCUUAAAGAGCUUACAGACAGGAAAUCAAAUCUUGAAAGCGCUAAACAAAGAAUGCAGCCCUGAUAAAGUAGAAAGCAUUGUAAAUAAUGCCUCUGAACAGAUAGACAUACAAAACGAAAUCGGUGACAUGAUUGGCCAGGGCAUUGUUAGUCAAGUAACCGAUGAGGAAAUACAAGAAGAUUUCUUAAGAUUGGAGAAAGAAUUGCAUACUGAACAAGAACAACAACAGUCGGUUGACGAAACUGACAAGAUCAAAAAGAUCAACCAAAUAUCCGACACAAACAGUAUCCCUAUAUUUCCUAAGGUUGACCCUAAUAAAGAGAUCAAAAAACCCGAGCAUGCAACAGAAGAUACCACAAAAGAUACCACAAAAGAUACCACCAAACAACAAAUCUUGGCCUAG